UGGUUAAAAAUGAAUUAAAUUAUACUGCCCACCUGGCUAAUGGAGGGUGCCAUUUUGUGGAACAAAUUUAUCACAAAAUUCAUCACAGUUUUCACUUUUUGCGGCAGUCGUCUGUUUCUCGUUUUUGCAUUUUGCAUUCCUUUGUUUUUAGUGAAAUCACCCCCUAGACUUCUUUCAUGCGCUUGACAAACUGUGUAAAAAUCUCCGCUGACCGGGAAGUAAUUUGAAAAUGUUAUUCAUUAUGCAUAGCCCUCGUAGUUCUGGUUUCCGAACCCAUCGCCCCACUCGAACUCCGCUGCCGCGCUCUGCUGUUAUUUUUCGCGCACUUCCUGCCGCACUUUUCCGAGUUUGUUGCAGUUCCUACGCACGGUCUGGGAAAUCCCUGAGAGAGACUUUGGGCAGGAGUCGGGUGGGCUAGUGUAUGUGACCGAAAGUUGAAGAAAAACUUUCGGUUUUCGCUUUCGCCGGGUCGGGCCGGGUUCUGCGGAAAAGUGCGCGAAACACUAAUGCCCGGAUUUGAGCUGAGGCUGUCGGAGUUUUAACCAGAUUGUUGCCUUAAAGCCGAAUUAGCGAAGCUUCUGCGGCCGGCAGAAAUGGCUUAACCCAUUAAAGGCUGCCUUUCCAUCUAGGUUACUGCGAAAUGAGGAGUGUAGAAAAGUUUUCACAUCCUAGACCCGAUUACAACCAAUAGCCAGAUGCGAAAGCCCAAAUGGUUUUAAAGCCAACUCUCCCUCCAAAUGUAUUUAAAAAGGACUUUAUCCCUUAACUACCUAAUUGAGAACAUCUUGAGCACUUCCAGCCUCCUAAGCCUGCUCACAGAGACAUAAAUUGUAAGGCGACAAAUUAAGCCGCGCCCAGAGGCCAGUCGGCUACUGUCACAGGGACGAGGAUGUGGCCGAAAAGUGCAGUGCCAGCCAAACGCCACAAGAGCAAUAUCAAAGGGAAACCGUGGAAACAAUGACAGACCAGGGCAGAGGAGCCAUAAGGAUAUCGCUCGCAGAGCGGGGCGGGGGCGGCCAAAGGAAGCCUUGAGAGAAACAGCCAAGUUUUAGAGACAAAAGUCUGGCGAUGGUUUAAGGCAGGCCAAAAGGAACUGAGAUAAAAAUGGCGCGCGUCGCAUGGAACAUGAACCAAAAUGGCACCCACAAGAGCUUCCGGCAGAAGUCCGCUUUAACAACUCUUUUACCCACGCACACUCACAUAUGGAGGCAGGCCCCCACCAUGCGCUUAUCCCGCACACCUGAGUACAGAUUAAUAGCGCAGAUUGUGCCCAACGAGGACAUUUGGAACUGGCGGUCAGGCUCAAAUGCUUUGAAUUUAAAAGACCACCCAGAGUGUUGUGGCAAAACAAUUUCUUGCGCUGGUCGGACUUAAGAGGAAGGCCUUUUUAAGUCUGCGGCUGGGAGAGCUAGCGUUUCGGCCGCAACUGUUUCUAGGAACAUAGCCGAGAACGCCCUGCACAUUAGCGAGGAUUCGCAGUUGGGAGUUGGCUCCCAACGUUGGCGGGCAGCAGGAGGGGCAUGCUUUUGUCAUAAACCCAUUAAAAGUCAAGGACAAAAUUCAUGUUGCAUGUUUACUCAUGCACACUCGCACACUCCGCCCACACCUACACAAACAUGUGUAGGACCAUAUUCGUAUACAAACAUCACAGAGCUGAAGGAACAGGCAGCGUCAACAAAGUAGCUUUAAUUAAUGAAACUCAUUAAAGGGACGCCAGGCACUGGCACUGGCACUGGCACAUCCUCUUUCACAGAGCACAGCAGCUCUCAGUGGCUCGGCAAAAGGCCACAAACGCGGCCAAAAGGACCAAGGACCAAAGGAGCAGCCUAGACUGAAUUGCCUGCUUUGACCUGCCACAAUGCGUUGGGCCAUACAUUAGCCACGAUGGGGCAUUGCUUUCGACUUGGCCUGGUCCAGUGCCAUUGAAUAAAAUAAUCAGCAGCAGUAGUAGUAGUAACCUUAUCCUGUUUCCUGUUUCCAUUUGGCCGAGGCGCACGAACCGAGUGUUGGCUUCAGGCCCGAGCGAACCACACAAUCGGAAAGGUACCGAGCACCGCGAGAGAGCAAAAGUGGGGAAAAGCUGGGGAAAUGGUGGUGAAAGUUCUCUGGACUCCGAACUCCGACCGAGGCAGUGAAAGUAUAACAGUCAAGCAGUAUCUAUUUACAGUGAAAAUUGGCGGAUUAAAAUAUUUGAAAAGUCUACUUGUUCUGGUAACAAAAACAGGUAGAAAAUGGAUGUUAAGUAGUAUAUUUCUGCUUUCUAUAACGGUAAAGAGAGUGCUAUAAUCAACUGUAUAACUACUAACAUUUUACUCUUCUAAUUAAGGGUGCUAUAAGGGAUGUUUAUAGCUGGCGACUAACAAACAUUUUCAAACAGAGUGAGGAGGUUAUAAUAAAAGGGUAACAAUAAGGAAGUAAUGGUCUAAGAGCUUGCCCAUAACUGCAUUCUACUGCUUUUUAACUAUAAAGGAUGCUAUAAAGGAAGCUAUAAAGGAUGCUAUAAGGGAUGUUUUGAAAGCAGUAACGCCCAGAGAUUUUCAAUGUUCAUCAUUGGUGUUAUACGGGUUAGUUUGUAGAAUUACCGUUAGAGGGCUUUUUAUACCAAUUGGGAGUCCGCCCCCACCCCAAGGUCAUGCGCUCUCGCCAACGCACAGUUGCCAGCACACCUGUAUGAAUAGUCCUCUCUCCUGCCUCGCUCUCCUUCCCCGUGACCUGCGCACUCCCGAUUUCGCCUUUGAAAGGACUAGGACAACUGAGAACAGGCAGUGCUGGCUGCACAGAAAGCAACAGCUUUGUGCUGCUUCCCCACCAGGACCUCCCCCACUGCCACCCGUCCGCACAUCCACAUCCUGUCCCGUUCUGUGGCAGCCCCGGCACCUGCUGCAUCUUGAAACAAAGGCCAUUUAUUUAGAAUGGCAGCGCAAAACGGAAGCGCCAAGAAAAUAGACAACACAACAUUCCACGGACACCGCAAACGGCGCUGGGGGUGGAAUCGGGUGGGAAUGGCAGCAGGAGUGCGCGGGGAUGGGAGUGUGGUUGCCGGGUUCCCGGUUGCCACAACAACUGCCACAAGCCACAACAAGAGAAAACUGCGACGGAAAAUUAAUAAAUUCCUGCUCGGGAAAUAUAUUGUUUAUUUAAAGACGUCAAAGGCUUAAAGAUGCAGCUAAAAUACCUACGAACCUUGUUGGAGGGUCAGGAGCAAAUUCAACGCAUUGCUGGCCUAGCCUGGUCCCCCAACCAACAGAAGCUGGCUGUAGCCUCUGCCGAUCGACACAUCCUGCUCUACGACGACUCCGGCGAAAGGCGUGAUAAGUUUAGCACCAAGCCCGCGAAUCCCGCCAACGGAAAGAACUCCUACGUCAUCCGAGGAUUGGCCUUCAGCCCGGACUCCACUAAGCUGGCUGUCGGCCAGAGCGACAGCAUUGUGUAUGUUUACAAGCUGGGCGAGUCCUGGAACGACAAAAAGGUCAUUUGCAACAAGUUUCCCCAGGCGAGUGCAGUCACGGCCCUUAUCUGGCUUUCGUCGGGAGCCAUAAUUGCAGGACUGGAGGAUGGAAAAAUCCGUGCACUUCACAGCAAGAACAACAAGUCGCAGAGCCUCUACGGCGGCGACAGCAUCUGUAUUUCGCUGGCGGCCAACACUAAAGGCACUGGGUUCCUCAGCGGUCACAACGACGGCACCAUCAUCCGCUACUUCAUGACGGAUGAGGCGACGGAGCCCCUUGGUAGAGUGGUUCAGCACCCAGUGCCGCCAUUCGCUCUUGCCUGGCCGCAAGGGGGGUUCUGCGCGGGCGGCUGCGAUCAGCGGAUAGUCUUCUACGACAACAUGGGUCGCCAGCUGCGAACCUUCGAUUACUCCCGCACCGAGGGCGAACGGGAAUUCACAGUGGCCGCCUGCAGCCCAAACGGGCAGGCGGUUGCCUUCGGCAGCUUUGACCGCAUCCGCAUCUUCGCCUGGAGUCCCCGGCAGGCCGCCUGGAGUGAGAGCGCGACCAAAGAGGUCUCCUGCCUGUACACCAUCACCUUGCUCAUCUGGCGAAGGGACGGCGCCCGGCUCGCCCUGGGGUCCGUAAGUGGGGCCGUACUUCUCUUUGAAUCCGUUCUCCGUCGGACUGUCUGGCAGGACAAGUUCGAGCUGAUCUUUGUGGCGCCUAGCCAGCUUUUGGUACGAACCCUGACGGAGCCUUCCCAGCAGCUGACCAUUGAGUCGCAGCUGGGACUGGAGAUAGACGAUGUGAGGAUCAUGGGCAGGGACAAUUACUUAGUGUCGCGCACCGAGGAGUCUCUGAUUCUGUGCGACUUGACCCGCAAUCUCAGCAGCGAGGUUCCCUGGACUGCGUCGGGCCACCACGAGCGUUUCUACUUCGAGAAUCCGAACGUGUGCCUGGUGUUCAACGUUGGUGAGCUGAGUUUGGUGGAGUACGGCGAUAACUGCAUCCUGGGCUCUGUGCGGACGGAAUUCGUCAAUCCGCACGUAAUAUCCGUGCGCCUCAACGAGCGGGGAAACGCUAGAGAGAACAAGAAACUGGCCUUUUUGUUGGACGCCAAAACCAUAUGCGUUGUGGAUCUGGUGAGUCAGAUGACCUAUGGACAGAUUAGCCACGAGACCAAGAUUGACUGGCUAGAGCUGAGUGAGACGGCCCACAAGCUGCUCUUCCGGGACAAGAAGCUGCGGCUCAUUCUGGUGGACACCUACACGGGCAAGAAGCAAACACUGCUCAGCAACAUAUCCUUCGUCCAGUGGGUGCCCCAGAGCGAUGUGGUCGUGGCCCAGAGCAACUCGAACCUGGCCAUUUGGUACAACAUCGAUCUUCCCGAGCACGUCACGCUGCAGAACAUCCGCGGGGAAGCCGUCGAGGUGUUGCGGGAGAAUGGACGCACCGUGGUCCGCUCCCAGGACGGGCCCAGUGAGCACAAUUACCAGCUGGACGAGGGCCUCGUGGAGUUUGGCACGGCCGUGAACGACAGCGAUUUUGGACGAGCGGUACACUUCCUGGAAUCCUUGGGCGACAAACCCGCUGCCAAAGCCAUGUGGCACAACCUAGCCAUAAUAUCUCUUGAAGAUGGGAAUCUGCGCGUAGCCCAGCGCUGCUAUGCCGCCUUGGGAAACGUUUCGAAAGCAUACUAUUUAGCCGGGAUGAUCCAGCUGGCGGAUGAAUUCGAGGCGUCCACCGGCUCGCCUGGCCUUCUGUGCCCCGAGGUUCGUGCCAAGAUGGCACUUCUCGGAUCGGACCUGCGCACGGCCGAGCGCAUAUACCUGGAGCAGGGCGACAUCGAAGCCGCCCUGCGGAUGUACCAGCAGCUGGGCAUGUGGGACGAGGCGGUUGCGCUGGCAGAGAGACGCGGCUAUGGGAAAAUCUCGGAGCUUAAGCAGCAGCACAUGGAAUACCUGAUGAGUAGCGAACAGCAGGAGAAGGCCGGGCUCGUGCUCGAGGAGCAGGGUGACGUUCAGCAAGCCAUGUCGUUGUACCUGAAGGCCAACAAACCGGCCAGGGCUGCCCGGCUGGCCCUGAAAACGCCGCAUCUUCUGCAGGAUGAGCAACUGAUGCUACAGGUCACGGAAGGGCUGGUGCGCUCGGAGCUUUACGAACUGGCCGGAGACAUUGCCCAGCGAUUGUCCCGUCCAGAAGCAGCUCUGGCGCUGUACCGCAAAGGUGGUGCCUAUGCAAGAGCUCUGGAGCUGGGGCGAGUGGUGGCCCCACAAGAGGUCACAUCGCUGGAGGAAGAGUGGGGCGACUGGCUGGUGAGCCGCAAGCAACUGGAUGCCUCCAUAAACCACUACAUCGAAGCAGGUGCCACCCAGAAGGCUCUGGAAGCAGCGGUAGGAGCCAAGCAGUGGCGCAAGGCGGUGCAAAUAGCAAAGGUUCUGGACGAGCCGGAGCUGAUCCAGCGGUAUGCACUGGAUCUUGCCAAGCAUUUGGCCUUUGCCGGAGACCUAGACGCGGCGGAAGACAUGCUAGUGAGAGCUAAUCUUCACAAGGAUGCGAUUGAACUCCUAAAUCGCCAUGGAAAGUGGGAGCGGGCCUAUGUGAUUGGAGAGAAGUACCUGCCGUCGGAGCAGCUCAGGGAGCUAUUCGUACAACUGGCAGCCACCUUGGAGGAGCAGGGAAAAUACAGGGAUGCGGAGAAAGUCCUCAUAGCUGUCAAUGAACCAGACUUGGCGAUAGCCAUGUACAAGCGCCGGGAGCUGUACGACUCCAUGAUUCGUUUGGUGGAGAAGCAUCACAAGGAUCUUCUCGAUAGCACCCAUCUCCACCUCGCCCGCCAGCUGGAGUCGCGGGGCAAACUGAAGAACGCCGAACUGCACUUCGUGGCCUCCGGGGAUUGGAAAUCGGCCGUGCAUAUGUACUGCUCUUCGGGCCGCUGGGAGGAUGGCUAUCGAGUGGCCAAACAGAAGGGCACAGAGGGAGCCAGCCAGCAAGUGGCUUAUAUGUGGGCCAAAUCUAUGCCCACAGAGAGUGCGGUCCGUUUGCUGAGCAAACUGGGACUGCUGGACACCGCUGUGGGCUUUGCCUGCGACUCGGGACAGUUCGAGUUUGCCAUGGAGCUGUGCAGAUUUGCGGGAAAGCCGACGGAUGAAGUCCACUUGAAGAUCGCCAUGUCGCUGGAGGACGAGGGCAAGUUCGAAGCGGCGGAGGAAGAAUUCCUGAAGGCCCACAAGCCUAGGGAAGCCAUACUGAUGUACCAGCAUGCUGGGGACUGGCAGGCGGCCCUAAAUGUGGCUGAGCUGCACCUUUCUGAGGCUGUGGGGGAAGUCCUGAUCGGACAAGCAUCGGCGGCGCUGGAGACCAGAAACUACAAAGACUACGAGGCUCUGCUGCUCAGAGCCCAACGCCCGGACUUGAUUGUGGAGCACUACAAACAGGAAUCGCUUUAUGAGGAUGCCUUGCGAAUCGCCGAAGAGCACUACCCGGCGGCGCUGAACGAUUUGAGACGCCUGCAGGCUCAGCUUCAGAGGGGUCAAGCCCAGGCCCAAGCCAACGAGGAUGCGGCCUCCAUUUCCAGGUCUUAUCUCCAGAAGGCCGCGGAAUUCGCGAAGAAGGAGCAGUUCCGGAAGGCAGCCGAGUGCCUCAUGCAAAUCGACUCGUCCAACGCCGAGGACGCAGUCACCUUGGAGAGAGCCCUGCUUCGAGCCGCGGAGAUAUGCAACCAGUUCCUAGAGGGUCAGGAUGCCCAGGAGCUGGCGCAGGCUCUGGGCCCGCGACUUCUGGCCAUUAAGCAGAUCGGACCAGCUGCUCAGCUUUACCUGGCCGCCGACAUGCCCAAGCAAGCGGUGGACGUUUUCAUCAAAACAGAACAGUGGAGCAAGGCCCGGAGGCUGGCCAAGGAGAUCGAUGCAGACCUGCAACUCCUGGCCUACGUGGAACAGCAGCAAAAGCUCUCUCUGAAGAACGAGGGCAAUAUCGAGCAGCUGGCGGACAUAGACGUGGUAUCCGCCUUGGAUCUUCUGGCAGAGCAAGGCCAAUGGCAGCGUUGUUUGGAGAAGGCCAAGCAGCUGAAUCCAGCCGUGCUGCAAAAGUAUGUGGCGGUUUAUGCGGCACAACUAAUCCGGGAAGGCAACUGCACCACCGCCCUGGGGCUCUACUUGACUUACGGAGCUCCACCCAUCGAGGCUCACUACAAUAUCUACACUAGGAUCGCCUUGGAUUGCCUGGCACUGAGGGAGGAGCAAUCGGAGGGUGGAUCCUUGUGGCGACAGCUGAGGGAAUUCCUCUUUCGCUUGAUUCAAUCUCUCAAGGAGUCUCCGGAGAAAGCUCAAACCAGUUUUGCUGGCAGCAUGGAGCAGUUUCUGUUGGUAUCUCAUUACUAUGCCACUCGAGCCGCUUGCAGAGAUGUUCAGGCUCUCCAGCCGGUUGCACUUCGACUGUCAUUGGCUCUGCUCCGGCACACGGAUCUCCUGCCGGUGGAUAAGGGCUUCUACGAAGCUGGGAUGGAUCUUCGCCAGGCAGGUCGCGAGUCCGAGGCUUUUGUAAUGCUAAAUCACUACCUGGACGUGUGCGAAGCCAUCGAAGAGGGUUCCGGGCAGUUGGUGGAUCAUUCCGACCUGGCUAGCACCGAUUUUCCCAGCUCCGUACCGUUGCCGGAGGACAUACACUUGAAGAACGACCCGAACCUGCACGAGGAGGUGCGGGAGUGGGUGCUGGCCGUAAGCAUGGAUCAGCAGGUGGAUCAGCAGCUGCCCACCGACGAUCGCGGGUUGUAUGAGUCGAGCUUGGGGUCGGGCGACCUUGCCUGUCUGCUGAGCGGCUUUCCAGUUAGAGGCCGCCAGCCGGUGACCUUCCAGGGAUCAAACAACCAAGUCAAUCGCGAUGUCUGGAGUAAGUUCUCCGUAGCCGUAAAGAUGUCUCCGGGAACUGGCAUCGCCGACAUUAUAACCUUCACUGAAAAAUGGCAAGGAUCAGCCAACUAUGUUAUGCACUAAAGGAAAA